UCUUCUUCUUCUUUUUGUCCUGGUUAUUUUUCUUUGAUGAGUUUUCAUGAUGUUUGACUUCGUGAUGAACACGACCAGAGCCGAGGACUGGACCGAGGUUUAUGAGGUCGUUCAGUGGAUCCAGCUGGUGAUGGGUCUCCUCAGCGUUCUGGGCUCCAGCUCCAUCAUCAUCUGCCUCAUGAUGCAGAGACUCAGCCGGAAACCAGAGCUGCAGCCUCUGUUCCUGCUCAGCGUGGCCGACCUCCUCCUGGCCGCCUGCUGGUUGACUGGAGUCGUGCUCUACUCUCAGCACUGCAGCAGCCUGAGCACAUACUGCUACAACAUGCACAUCGUGGAGCAGAUUCUCUUCAUGGCCUCCUUCUUCUACACUCUCAACUACGUGUGGGACCUUUACAUCGGCUUCAGAGAGAAGUUCUACAGCUGCCUCAGUGGACACUCUGUCCAGAUUUCCAACAGAGUGAGAACUCCAGCUAAAAUCAUCUCUGUGCUCUCAUGUCUGGUUCCUGUGCUCCUCAUGACUCCUGUCUUCAUCCAAGGAAACAUCAGCCAGUGUCAAACCAACUUCAGUCAGCCCUACAGGUGUCUCCUGAUGCACACCGGAUCCUUGUUCCUGACCUCAGACCAUGUGACCAGACCCUGCAGUGUCCUUCACAUCUACCACGUCAUCGUCUUCCUCACCACCUUUAUGUUCACAUUCGUCGGCAUCACAGUUCUCGUGGUUAAAUCUCGGCGUAUCUACAGACGGGUGGUGACGUCCAGCGGUUACCUGGGCAACGAGCAGCGGGCCUCGUUCCGUCUCAUGGACCGGAGGAUGCUCCUGUAUCCUCUGGUCUUCGUCCUGUGCUGGGGUCCAGCCGUGUCGCUGGCGUUACUCAGGGUGGUGAAGCCGUCGGAGGCUCAGGGCCGAGCCAGCGUCGUCCUCUACAUCUCACAGGCGCUCACCUCGGCCUCUCAGGGCUUCCUCAACUGUCUGGUCUACGGCUGGACUCGUGUCCACCUGUCCAGCCUCAGGGCCGGAGGGACGGCGGCGUCCUCCCGGGACGUGGACACUCAGACUCCUCUGCUGAGGUCACAGAAGAAGAGAAGCUACCAAACUCUGAGGAGUCUGAGCUGAGAUGGAGCAGACGAACCGAGACUGAAAGGGGGGCGGGGGGUUUCCUGUCAUCUGCUACCGAGGUCGGGAGGGUUUAAACCUGGGGGGGGGGGACUUUCACUUUCAGGACGACAAAGAUUCCACCGCUGAUCCAGAACCACUGGGGCGAGAAAAAGGGAAGAAGAAGGAGGAGAGGGAGUUUACAGCGAGAGGAAGAACGACGGAGGAAACAGGAUUUGAAAGAGACGACAGGUGGUGGAGCUGUGAUGGAGGUCAAUGACCCGGGACAGAAAGUCCUCCGUCCUCAUCUCGUCCUCACACAGAGACACAGGAAGACGCAAAACAGAUCAGAUCAGAUUCUAGCUCAGAUGAGACACAAUGAAAUGGACGAGACGAGUCUGAAUGAGACAAAACAAAGAUGAGACAGAUCAGAUCAGAUUCUACUAAAGACGUCCGUCCACACAGUUUGGACUGGAGACCAGAGGAGACAACGCAAGACAAGCAACAUGAGACCAGCAUGGUUCUGUGUCUUUUACCUGUGAACAUGUUUUCAGUUUCCUGUUUUAUUUUGUUAAGUUCCUUGGUUUCCUGUUUUAUUUUGUUAAGUUCCUUGGUUUCCUGUUUACGUGCUCAGUUUGCAGCGUCUUCAGAUUUUUUAUGUCAUUAAAUACUUUUUGUUUGAA